AUGGGAUUAUCUGCUUUAAAUGACGAACUUCACAAGAGGGCAUUGAAGAUUGCCCAAAAAUCUAAGGUCAUCGAUAUUGAACUUGCUGUUAAAGGUGUGGGCAUUGCAGUUUUAGGUGAACUUGUUGUUGGCAGUCGGGAGCUUUUAGAGGCAUUGGUGCACUAUGGAAUUGAAAUUUCCACUGAGGCCUCUGGAGCGUUUGGAGCUUCCGGAGGUAGUGGGCAUACUUUCUUAGUAAUUGAUACUAAGAAAGCUAAUAAACCAGAAAAAGGAAUGGUCGUUUUGAAGAUCAAGAAAGGACAUUGGAUUAACGGAUUGAGAGAAGUGACAGCCCGUGCUAAUAUUGGUGUCAAGAGAAUGGGCAAGCUUGACAUCAUACCAUUCACAACUGCAACCAUGAGAAAAUUUCCCCAGGAAGAAGCAGCUGAGAAAGCUAUGGUGCUGCAUUCACAAUGGGAGGACUAUCUUAGAGAUCCUAGCUGGCAUCCCUUUAAGAUCAUCGUAGAUGAAAGAGGCCGGUUUAGUGAGGAAGUAAUUAAUGAAGAAGAUGAAAAGUUGAAGAAUGAGUUUGGUGAUGAAGUUUACGCGGCAGUGACUACAGCCUUGAAGGAGGUGAAUGAAUACAAUCCAAGAGGAAGAAGGUACAUUGUACCGGAGCUGUGGAAUUUCAAGGAAGGAAGGAAAGCAACAUUAGAGGAAGGAGUACUCCACAUCCUGGAGAAGUGGAGAUUGCUUAAACAGAGGUCGCGCUGA